AUAGAGAUUGGCACACUGGCCCCACCAGACUAUAACUACCCUGGCCCUGGGGGCCCUGCAUCACUGGAGGAGGAAGAGGAGGAGGAGUUGCCCCUAAGACCCCAGCUCAUCCCCCAAGGCUCAGGGGGGUCUGGGUUACUCAUGGGCCCCGACGCACAGGGAGGUCUGUAUACACACACACACACACACACACACACACACACACACACACACACACAGCACACACUCAUAAUACACACAUACAGCACGCACACACAUUGCACACACCCACCCAGCAUUCACACACAUACACACACCCACAGCACAUACACUCUGUCACCUCACACUAUGAGCCCAUACACACAGGGAGAUUAAGGUAUGUGUCCAGUACUGCCAGUGAUACACACAACCUUCCCCCUUAACGCCUACCAAUGCAAAUCAACCCCUUUUUACAAUCAUCCUUCGUCAUUUCCAAAUGCAUGAGUUCCAUUUAACUUGUCUGAUAUUGGUUAAAUGUGUAGUACUCAACCAUAAAUCUCAUUCACUUUUUGUAAUGUCACCUAAUCAUCAUUGUAAACAUGACUCACUAGCCCUAAAACUGAAUCAUGGUCCACUCUGCUCUAACUUGUCUCUUCUAACACCUAAUCUUGUCUCUAACAAGAGGAGGAGCUGCGCCUGAGUCCCAUUGACAUCCUUCAUAUCUCCGGGGACUUUGGGGGUUCCACGGGUUCUGGAGGUUCCAGUGGCUCUGGGGGUUCCAGAGGUUCUGGGGGUUCCGGAGACCUUUUGGCUUCCGGUUCUGGGGACCUUUUGGGUUCCGGAGGCUCAGGGGCUUCUGGGGAAAUUGGUUCUGAGGGUUCCGGGGACCUUGGUUCUGGGGGUUCUGAGGACCUUGGUUCUGGAGGCUCUGGGGGUUCUGGGGACCUUGGUUCUGGAGGCUCUGGGGGUUCCAGAGACCUUGGUUCUGGAGGCUCUGGGGGUUCUGGGGACCUUGGUUCUGGAGGCUCUGGGGGUUCCGUGGACCUUGGUUCUGGAGGUUCUGGGGACCUUGGUUCUGGAGGCUCUGCGGGUUCCGGGGACCUUGGUUCUGGAGGCUCUGGGGGUUCCGUGGAUCUUGGUUCUGGAGGCUCUGGAGGUUCCGUGGAUCUUGGUUCCGGGACCCUCCUAGGCUCAGGUGGUUCCGGGGACAUAUUGGGUUCCGGUUCUGGGGGUUCCGGAGGUUCUGGCUCCAGGGGUUCCGGGGAUUCAGGAAUAAUAAUUAUAUCUGGAGGUCAGUACCUAUACUUCUACAGACUAGACUGUAGAAGUAUACAGAUAGUUGGUUGGGCCUAUACUGGCCUUGUGAACCUAGUACAGUUCCAAGCACUGAUUGAUAUGCUCAGACUAUAUGGGAUUUCUUGUCAUUUCUAAAUUUGCAUUUUCAUUUAACUGCUUUGUGCUGGUUAAAUGUGGAUUGAUAAUGCUUUCUUGUGAUUUGCUACUUGUCGUCAUUGUAAACCCUGUGUCAUUGCUUUGUCACUUACAGUACCAUUGUCAUUGUAAACGUCACUCAAUGUCCUACCAUUGUCAUUGUAAACGUCACUCAUUGUCGUACCAAUGUCAAUGUAAACGUCAUCCGUUGUUCUACCAUUGUCAUGGCAUUACUUACCAUAAGUUCCUAAUCAUUGUCAACCUAACCCACUGUCAAACCAUAUAUGAGUGUGAUUGAUUGGCUGAUUUAAAUGAUUGCUUGAUUGACAGUCCAUCCCAUCCCAUGAGAAGCACUAACCUGUCUCCUAACCCCUCCCCUUGGCUCUAACAAGAGGAGGAGCUGCCCCUCAUUCCCGACAUUAUCCCCCAGGAGGUAUUGGGUGCUUCUGGGGAGUCCGGGGCCUCAGGGACUGGGGGCUCCGACUCUGGUGGGUCAGAGGUCAUAUUAAUCCCUGACCCUGAAGAAGGUCAGUACCACCAAAUAAAGAAACUCUAAGAAAACAGAUCUCUAUGGUACCAACCCAUUGUACCAUAUGUGUAAGGAAAACAGGGAUAAAGGUCCCAAAAACUUUGAGCAGAAAGCAUGCUCUGCUGCCAUGUCUGUAUUUGGACAAGGGAAGUUGACCAAAUAAUGUGGUCAAGAGAUUCUUUUCAAAGGCUUUGUGGUAUGAAUAAUCUCCAAUUCCAGCUAAGAAUACUGUUCCCAGGUACCUAUUUAUAUUAAACAUAUAUCAACAUAACAUAAUUUGAUUAACUCUCAAAAUCCAUUCACAAGGUUCCAUUUAACUAUUACUUAAUUUAAUCAGUUAAAUGUGUCAUAAACAACAACAACAACAUAACUCCCUUGCUAUUUGUGACUUCUCACCGUUGCAAACAGCACUUGUUGUCGUGUCACUGUCCAUGCUGUUUCCAACCUGUCUCUUUAAUACCUCAUCUCUAUCUCUAACAAGAGGAGGAACUGCUCCUGACUACCCCGAAAACCCCUCAGGAGUCUGGAGGUACAGUAGGCUCAGGGGGUUCUGGGUUGCCAGAGGUUGACUUGGACAUUAAAGGUCAGUAUCCAGCACAAACGCUAACUAUUCAAUCAAAACCUGUAACCAGGCUUCUGGGGUUAUAGGGUCUAUUCUACUUCACUAUACAGUAUAUGGGGUCUAUCACAUUCCCAUAUUGAAACAUAUUUUCUCAUAUCUACAUACGAGUUCUUUCUUUAAUUUCACCCCAGAAACCCUGGUUUUGAUUGAAUAGGGUUGUUGAAUCUUAUAUUUAUCUGCAUCAUAUUAAAACUGAUCACAAACUGUGUUUAAGCCAUAUGUACACUACCAUUCAAAAGUUUGGGGUCACUUAGAAAAGUCCUUGUUUUCCGAAAGAAAAGCAAUUUUUUUGUCCAUUAAAAUAACAUCAAAUUGAUCAGAAAUACAGUGUAGACAUUGUUAAUGUUGGAAAUGGCUAUUGUAGCUGGAAACGGCUGAUUUUUAAUAGAAUAUCUACAUAGGCAUACAGAGGCCCAUUAUCAGCAAUCCAGCAGUCCUGUGUUCCAAUGGCACUUUGUGUUUGCUAAUCCAAGUUUAUCAUUUUAAAAGGCUAAUUGAUCAUUAGAAAACCCUUUUGCAAUUAUGUUAGCACAGCUGAAAACUGUUGUGCUGAUUAAAGAAGCAAUAAAACUGGCCUUCUUGAGACUAGUUGAGUAUCUGGAGCAUCAGCAAUUGUGGUCCUCAAUGAAGCUGCCAAUUGAGGACCUGUGAGGUGUCUGUUUCUCAAACUAGACACUAUAAUGUAUUUGUCCUCUUGCUCAGUUGUGAACCGGGGCCUCCCACUACUCUUUCUAUUCUGGUUAGAGCCAGUUUGCGCUGUUCUGUGAAGGGAGUAGUACACAGCGUUGUAUGAGAUCUUCAGUUUCUUGGCAAUUUCUCGCAUGGAAUAGCCUUCAUUUCUCAGAAAAAGAAUAGACUGAAGAGUUUCAGAAGAAAGUUAUUUGUUUCUGGCCAUUUUGAGCCUGUAAUAGAAAAAAAACGUUGAAAAAAACUGAGGACAUUGAUUUGAGGAAGACCCUCAAGGGUGGCCCUCCCCCCAAGAAAUCCCAGCCAGGAAUUGGAAAAUGUGGAUACAAAUGUCUGGGUACAAUUUCGAAUCACAAACUGAGAUGAGAGAAGAAUACAAGUGCAAUCUGGGUAAAGGCACAACAGAAAGUGUUUUUAGUGAGGAAACUCCACCUUCCAACCAAGUAAACAAGACUAUUCUCACCCUGUUUUACAUAUAUUUUAUUACAGAUGUUUUUACUGUUACCACAUUCUCCAUGGUCUGUUGGUUUGUAAACAUAACUGUAAAAUGUUUGGUCAAAAUUAACAGGAUAGUGAGCAUCAGUUCAAACAUCACAGGUGUAACACAAACCAACUUUUCUUCACUAUACAAUAGGAACAUCCUCUAAAAAUGCAACAUCAUUUUCAUUAAAGGGGAAGUUCAGUAUUAACUAGACCACUAUAAGUAUUGUCCUCUUGCCUCAGUUGUGCACCGGGGCCUCCCACUCCUCUUUUAUUUCUGGUUAGAGCCAGUUUGCGCUGUUCUGUGAAGGGAGUAGUACAUAGCGUUGUACGAGAUCUUCAGUUUUCUUGGCAAUUUCUCGCAUGGAAUAGCUUCCAUUUCUCAGAACAAGAAUAGACUGACGAGUUUCAGAAGAAAGUUAUUUGUUUUUGGCCAUUUUGAUCCUGUAAUCGAACCCACAAUUGCUAAUGCGCCAGAUACUCAACCAGUCUCAAGAAGGCCAGUUUUAUUGCUUCUUUAAUCAGCACAACAGUUUUCAGCAUGUGCUAACAUAAUUGCAAAAGGGUUUAGCCUUUUACAAUGAUAAACUUGGAUUAGCAAACACAACGUGCCAUUGGUUGCUGAUAAUGGGCCUCUGUACGCCUAUGUAGAUAUUCCAUUAAAAAUCAGCCGUUUCCAGCUACAAUAGCCAUUUACAACAUUAACAAUGUCUACACUGUAUUUUAAUGGACAAAAAAAUUGCUUUUCCUUCAAAAAAAAAAGACAUUUCUAAAUGACCCCAAACUUUUGAACGGUAGUGUAUCUGUAACGUCCGUUACACGACUUAUGUCUUGUCGUAACCUGUCACAAACACUAUCAUGUGUCUGUCUGUAACAUAUGUGUAUACUUUCAAGUAGCUCUUCAAUGUGUCUGUAACAUCUGUUAUCAACUUCACCUAAUGUUUGUGUUGUUGUAACCUGUCCCAAACACCAUUAACACAAUAUGUCUAACAUUGUUAAUGCACUACACCUCAACCAUUGCACCUCAGCAACAACCCUCAUGCCACGUCUCACAAUGUGCACACCUGUGUCACAUCAAGAGCUGUGUCCAAUCCAGACUUGACCUUUCUUGAUGCAAAUGGUAAAACAAACAUCAUAUCAACAUUGAGUACACUUCUCUACUAUUAUCCAAACCCAUUGUUACUGUAUCUAAGGCUGGUGGCCUAAACUUCAUCAUACAACAUGUCAGACCUAUCAACUGUUCUUUCAAGUGUAUCGCCUACCUCCAUCUUACUUCCUUGUCCUGUCUGUCUGUCUUCCUGUCCCUCCGUCUGUACCAGGUAUGCCUACCUGCCUGCUGUGCACCUGUCUGGGUGGUUCUGUCUACUGUGAUGAUGUGAAGCUGACGAGCGUGCCGCCUCUCCCCAAAGAGACCACUCACUUCUACGCCCGCUACAACCACAUCACCAAGAUCAACAAGGGCGACUUUGCUCAGAUGAGUAGGUGUAACAUUUUAAAGGCACAGCCCAUGAGAUUUCCUGCUGUUCAAUGGUUGUUUCAAUCAAUGAAACCAUGUGGAACAGUCGGAGUACUUUACCUUCCCUCUCUUGCAGACAAGUUGAAGAGGAUAGACUUGACCGCCAACGAGAUUGCGUCCAUCGCUGAUGAUGCGUUCUCCGGCCUGCCGGUGCUGGAGGAGCUGGUGCUCCGUGAGAACGGCGUGGCACAGCUGCCUGCCCUUCCGCCCAUGAUGACCCUCGUCGACGCCAGCCACAACAACAUUGGCGCCACGGGCAUCCACAAAGAAGCUUUCAAGGUAUGUAGGUCUGACAGCGAUCACAAAGAAUUGAUUUGCUUAUUCCCAGCAUUAUCACACUUGAUUCCACUAUUGGGCUAAUCCCCAAGACCUUGAUGAGUUGAAUCAGGUGUGUUAAUGCUGGGAUAAAACAAAAACAGGGAUGUAUUGAGAAAGACUGUCUGGCAUUAAUGACUCUGUAAAUGCAAACAAUGAUGCUUCUUAUGUUUUGUUUAGGACAUGACUGGUCUGCUGUACCUGUACCUAACAGACAACCACAUCGACCACAUCCCUGUGCCCCUACCGGAUAGCCUGCGCUCUCUGCACCUACAGGUACCAGCACUUCUGCCUCUGUACUGCCUUCUUGUGGGUGAACUAUAGGAUUACCUCCAUACUGUACACUGGUGGUGACUAGAGGGAUUUUCCACUCUUUCUGCAAGCUGUUUCGAAACAUUCUGACCAAUUCUCUGCCAUCAGUUUGUUAUUUGGGCAAAUUAUUGUAUAUUUAAAAUGCACUUUUCUCCAGCACUCUGUCAGACCUGUGCAGAAUCUCAAACAAGCAUUAGCUCGUCAUUCAUCGUUUUAAUGAAUGUGUUGUUUCGGUGUUUCCUUACCGACUUCCAAUGCCUUGUUUUCCAGCGCAACAACAUUCAGAUGAUACACGAGGACACGUUCUGCAACCUGAAAGACUUCAACUACAUCAGGAACGCACUGGAGGACAUUCGCCUGGACGGCAACCCCAUCAACCUCAGCAGGACCCCACAGGCCUAUGUGUGUCUGCCCCGCGUUCCCAUCGGAGCCCACAUCUAA